AUGCUUACUUUUCAUAAUGUCUGCUGGGCACCCAGCUCUUUCCAGCUCACUGGCAUCCCAGGGCUGGAGUCCCUGCACCUCUGGCUUUCCAUCCCCUUUGGCUCCAUGUACCUAGUGGCUGUAGUGGGGAAUGUGACCAUCCUGGCAGGGGUAAGGUUUGAACACAGCCUGCACCAGCCCAGGUACUUUUUCCUGUGCAUGCUGGCUGUCAUUGACUUGGUUCUGUCUACUUCCACUAUGCCUAAAUUGCUCGGAAUCUUCUGGUUUGGUGCUAGUGAUACCAGUCUGGAUACCUGCUUGGCCCAAAUGUUCCUCAUCCACUGCUUCGCCACUGUUGAGUCAGGCAUCUUCCUUGCCAUGGCUUUUGACCACUAUGUGGCUAUCUGCGACCCACUACAUCAUACCACAGUGCUCACUCAUGCAGUGGUGGGUCGUUUGGGACUGGCUGCCCUUCUUCGUGGGGUACUCUACAUUGGACACUUGCCUCUGAUGAUCCGCCUACGGCUGCCCCUUUACAAAUCUCGGAGAAUCUCUCACUCCUAGUGUGAGCAUAUGGCUGUAGUUACUUUGGCCUGUGGUGACAGCAGGGUCAACAAUGUCUACGGGCUGAGCAUUGGUUUUCUGGUGUUAAUCCUGGACUCGGCAGCCAUUGCUGCCUCCUAUGUAAUGAUUUUUAGGGCCGUGAUGGGGCUAGCCACCCCUGAAGCCAGGCUUAAAACCCUGGGGACAUGCCGUUCUCAUAUCUGUGCCAUCCUGAUCUUCUAUGUUCCCAUUGCUGUUUCUUCUCUCAUUCACCGAUUUGGUCACCAUGUGUCUCCUCCAAUCCACACCCUGCUGGCCAACUUCUAUCUUCUUAUUCCUCCAAUCCUCAAUCCUAUUGUCUAUGCUGUCUGUACCAAGCAGAUCCAGGAGAGACUUCUCCAAAAAAUUGUGAAGAUAGAGAUGAAGGGCAGAUGACUACUGCUUCCUUCUUCCUUUCCAAAUAUGCUCAUGGAGAAGAAGGUUCUUACAUCUUUAUUUAAAAAGAAGCCUGCUUCUCCAAUUGGGAACUUCUCAAGAAGUCUGAGAUUUUAAGCCCUGUGGUCUCAAAUUUUUUGUAUUUCCAAAGGAAUGGUAAGAAAGAGUGUACAAUUCUCAUUUAUAUGAGUGGAAGAUUAUAUCUAAUCUUUUUAUGUUAAAGGAUAUUUGAGCUGCGAGAGGAAAAUCAACAAAAAUGACAACAACAUCAGUAACACAAAUA